UCGUCGGCGAUCUUUGCGACUGAACUUCUCUUGACAGUUCGACAAAGAGUAUGCCAAUUCACAAGGAUUCCAAAGCUGUUAUUACAGUAUGUGUGAUAGCAACUAUUGCAACACUAUCAUAUUACUUCUGGAGAUUGAAGAGAUCAAAGAAAGCUUCUUGUGACGGUCAAGAAAUAUUGGUUAAGACGCUGUAUGAAGAAUUUGAGGAGAAGGAGACCAUGGGUGACAGAAGGAAGUUGGAUCCCAUAAAAAGUAAGAGGAAUGAUGAUGGUGAUGUUCCUUCUAAUAAUUGUAUUAUGGGAGAUGAAGAUGACCAGUCCAGUGAUACCAAGAUCUUUGUAAGCAACAUCAGCUAUCAGGUCCGGACAGGAGAGCUUAAGGAUUUUUUCAGCUACUUUGGUCAUGUGACUCAGGUCAACCUCUUGAGAGAUCGCAACAGAAAGAGAUCAAGAGGAUUAGCAUUCAUAACUUUUCGGAAGAGGGCAGAAGCAGAGAGAGCUAAGGCUGCUUCUGACUAUGAACUUACUCUGGAUGGGAGGUUAAUGAAAUGCAGCAAUGUGCAGAGAAGGUCAAGGCAAAGCCAAAAGGACAAGAGCAAGGUAGCCUCCAGCCAUGAAUCCAAAGCUGAUGUAAUGCCACAGACUGUUAAAGAAGAGCCACCUUCCAUUGGGGAUGGGUAUGAAGGCAAGGUGUUUGAAGAUGAUUCUUUGGUCAAUAGUCUUCCUGAUGACGUGCUUAUCAAGAUCUUUAGCUACCUCACCAUGCAAGAAAGGAUUGCUAUUGAAUCAGUAUGCAAGAGAUGGCGAAAGGUGUGUGAAGCAACAUGGCUUUCUCAGUCUUCCCUUCACUUCACUAAUAUAUUCAAGGGAUUUUCAUUCUCAGAAGAACAAGUGGGCCCCACUGUAAUGACCGAUGCUAUCUUGAAGUCUAUUCUAUUCAAGGGUUGCUACAAUCUCAAACAUUUGGACAUCUCGGCCUCUCCAAGGUUUCUCUCUGUAAGAUCACUUAAUUGUAUAGGUCAGGUGUGCCGAGAGCUGAAGUCACUCAACUUGUCAUUCUCCAAGGUGGAUAACAACAGCAUCAAGACUAUCACCAAUGGCUCCAGGAAAAUUGAAAGGAUCAUUUUGAAAGGAUGUCAGGAGCUUGGAGAGAAAGGAGUCUGGUGGCUGUUUCACAAUUGUGAAAACCUGUAUCAUGUUGAUUUGACAGAGAAUCGUCGCGUUAAUGGAAAGUGCUUUCACAUCCUGAACAAGCACUGCAAGGUUGUUUUAUUGAAUGGCUGCUGUAGCGUUAAUGAUAAAGGAUUAGAUUGCCUCACAGCAAAGUGUGGAGAGAAUCUCCAGGAACUUGACAUCAGUGGCUGUAUGAUCAUUUCUGAUAAAGGUUUCAUCAAUCUCACAGUGAGAUGUAAGAGUCUACAGAAUCUAAAGAUGUGUGGUGUUCACUCCAAAGUGACCUCUGCUGGUCUGAAGACUCUGAUCAACCUGACAUCGUUGGACACCUUGCAUCUCACCUACCAUCAAGAGAUGAGUGAUGCGAUCCUUUCAGAAAUUGCUCGCCAUUGCACAAGACUGAGAGAACUCCGGAUAGAUGGAUGCAACUUCCAGGAGAUCACGGAUGUAGGGAUGCAAUCCCUGGCUCACUGCCCUUGUCUUGAGGUCCUCAAUAUCAGCUAUCUGGGAAAGGUGACCGAUGAAGGUUUUAAGCAUCUAGCUUUGGCAGGAAGACUUCAGACAUUGGUUGCUAGGUCUCUGCAUAUCACCGAUGAAGCUAUUGGACACCUUGCCGCUCACUGCCUGAGGCUUAGAGAGCUUGAUGUAUGCGGAUGUACUGCUUUAACCAUCAACUCUGUUCAGGUAUUCCUUGAAGCCAGAGAUACAAUGACAGAGGCCAUUUCACCUUUGACUCUUGACUAUGGAGGAACUGCAAUAACCAGGGAAUCUUUAGCAGAGCUUGGUGAUAUUGAUAAGAGUGUUACUGUAUGUCUACAGAACUUCAAUGCUCCUCCUGGUCAGCGCUUUCCAACUCUUACCUAUGAUGAACGGUUAGCAGAUGCAAGUGAUACCAGUGAAGAAGAUGAGGAGGAUUUUGAAGUGGAUGUUGAUCCUCUAGACGAUGAACGCCCUAUAUUGAAUCUUGCAGCGCAUCUUAAUCUCCCUCGGACCAGACAAACAAGGAACAAUAUUGAAUAUCUUGAGGUGCCUGCAGAAUCAGAUGAACCCUGGGAUGGCAUAGUGCAGCCAGAACCUGCUGAAUGUCAGGGUAGUGGCCCUGUUGUAGGUAACCCUGAACAGUUCAUAGAGGUUGGUCAGGAGACUAGUGGAGAAGUUCCUUUGGUUCCAGGCACGGACGGCAUAGAUGGAGCAGGAAACUUUCACCUGUCCCAAGCUCACCCGGAUGUCCAUUUGGGUGAUUGUUUGAAGGACAGUCAUGGGUUAUUGAACCCUGGAUCUGCAACUGAGUUAGCAGGACCUGCUGGACCAGGCCACUUUGCCCAUGCUAAUCCAGACCUAGCUCAGUUUGUAGACGUCGAGGAGCACCUGCUGGCAGGUGACCAUGGAAGGGGUGGAGACUGGGCAAUACCGGAAGAAGAUAUGGAUGAUUUCUUGGAUGCUGAUGACCCAGCUUACAUGAAUGAUUUGCUAUUCAGUUGAGAGAGGUCAGUCCCGUUACUGAUCAGAUUACUUCUAAGUGGAAAUGGGAGUAGCAAUGGCGGCAGAGUCUAUGGUCCCUUAGGAGUUCCUGCAGGUUAGUCUGAACGUGGGUGAUUUUGUGUGCAAAGUUGAAAUCAUGCGUCACCAGUUGGGAGGCAAUUAUUUACCAGAUCAUGGUAAACACUUGUACAAGUUGAGGCAUCAAUGACCACAAAAAUUGAGGCCUUUUGGAAAUAUACAAGUGAUUUUUCAGCAAGCUCAGUGAACGAUGCUGAAGUUUUCAUUAGAAGGACAAUCCUUCCAUAGAUCAGAGUAAAUGCAAGUAUUACGUAAAUAUUUAUGCUGCUGGUAACUUUAUUUUAAUACUUUGAGUGGGGAAUAAUAAAGUAUUCUUCAUUUCAAGAAGGAUGAUUCUCUAGCAUAGCACUGCGUUGGCAAGUGUAUCAGUUAAAGAGUUUGUCAACAUUCCAGCUAAAAUGUGUUUUUGAUGGCAGGUAUGGAAGGUGUUAUAAAGUUUUCACCCCACAAUGUAGUGAUGGUGACUGUGUAAGACCAGUGGUUAUUGUAUAAAGGGCUCAAAGUGGAAGAAUCAACAGAUUUGGCAGGAAACAAAGAGGAUGUGUGUUAGCUAUUGUAGUCUUUGGCUGCAGAAUACUCAUUUACCAUGCAUUGUUUAAAGGCUAUAAAAGUCUACUUCAACAAAUAAUAGUAGAUGAUUUUAAUAAAUUGAGAGAAAAAGCAAACAGGUAUAACAUUGAAAAUAUCAUCAAAAUAUGAUGUAUAUUAAGAUAGUUCUGACAUUUUGAAGUUGUUGUGUAGCCACACAAUACAUGCACAUCCUGGUUGUUAUGCAAAUGACGGAAUUGAUUUCAUCAAAAUCAGAUGUUAAACAAAGAAAGUAAUGACAUUUUGGCAUUUUCCUUAUUGCUGCAGAGCAUAUGGACAACACUGAUGAUAUAUGCAAUAUGAUGAUGUCAUAAAGGUUCAAAGUCCAAUGGUUUAUUUCCACAUUCUAACAUUCAUGCAAAUUUGAAACAAACAAAAGAUGCAAGAAUAGAUUAAAAGAAGAAAAUAUAUACAGUAAAUCAUGCAAAAAGCAUUCACAAGAAUCAUGUUUCAUAAACCUAAAAUAUUGUUUUGUAUACAAGCAAAAAAAAAAGAUGGAAAUCAUGAUGCACAAUCAUAUGAUAAGGAUUUAACUUUAAGAUUGAAUCUCUAGGAAUUGUUCUGUGAUACUUGCCAAAUAUUUGUAGAACUUUCAUUAUAUAA